AUGUCGUACACACCGAACGAUGCGACCACCAAUGAGGCGGACACGCCGAAAAAGCCAGCCAUCCAUGUAACUAUCCAGCCACGCUCUUACCUCCUCCCUGGGGCAGCCGUCCUAGUAGGCACGAUGAUCGGCCUCCGGCGUGGUGCGCGCACGGCGUCGCUGCAAUUCCUGGCUGAGAAUGCACACCGGCCGCCGACGACGGUGCAGGGGUGGUACUUUUACAACAAGACGAAGAAUUAUCGCGUGCUGAUGAGCGGGCUGAAGGAGGCGGGGAAGGAGGCGUGCAAGCUGGGUGCAACAGCGGCUAUAUGGGUCGCCAUCGAGGAGGGGUGCUCACGGCUGGGCGAGCCAUGGACUGAGGCGAGCGAGGUCGCGGCGGGAUUGGGGACCGCAGGCGUGUUCUCGGGCAUAUGUGAGUCGGCUUCCAUUUCGCCAUCCUGA